AUCUAUAAUCGUAGUCUCGACUCGAGUAAAAAUGUCAACCGGCAUGAUAACUAGUGCGAAAAAUAUGUUAGAAAAUACGGAGUUAAAUAAAAAUAAUAACAAUGCAACAAUGCAGAGUGAUCAAACAAUUACUUUUAGUGAUAAAAAUAAGAAACGUGAAGUAGAUGAGAAAAAUGAGACUGUUAUCAAAGUAAAAAGUGUGAUCCCUCGGCAAAGGCAAGAAUUGCUCAAGUGGUACGGAUGGGGUUAUAAGGAUUCUACAUUCAAAUUAAGCGACGGAAUGACGUUUUUCACUGGAGACAGAUAUCUAAUAUCCGGCAAAUGUCUACCGCACGCACGACAAUGGGUAAAAGAAAUGUUCGAUAUAGACUUGACAACAGACCCGAGACAACCUAAACUACCAAGCUCGUAUCCAAGCAGUCGAUUGCCAAAUAAUAUAAAGGAAGAAUUGGAAAAAAUAUCAUUACUCAGUACAGAUGGAGUAGACAGGCUUAUAAGGGCACAUGGGCAGACAUUGCAUGAUGUUUAUAAUUUAAGGAAUAACAGUUUUCCAAGAAUUCCCGACGCUGUAAUUUGGCCAACUAGCCAUGACGAGGUAGAAGAAAUAGUGCGCUGUGCGUCUAAACAUAAAUUUGUGAUCAUACCCUUCGGCGGUGGGACCUCAGUGUCCGGUGCUGUGACGUGUCCUGCAAAUGAGGAGAGACCUAUCGUAGUCCUCGAUACGAGUGAAAUGAACGCUAUAUUAUGGUUAGACAAGGAUCAGUUACUUGCCAACGUUCAGGCCGGUAUCGUCGGUCAGGACUUGGAACGCGAGAUGCGUCUGAGAGGCUUCACAGUGGGCCACGAACCAGACUCCUAUGAAUUCUCGACACUAGGCGGUUGGGUGGCAACUAGAGCCAGUGGCAUGAAGAAGAACACGUAUGGAAAUAUAGAAGACCUCGUCGUCCAUACUAAGGCGGUGACCCCUUUGGGUGUUAUUCAAAAAAGUUGCCGCGUCCCGCGUCUGUCCUGCGGACCGGAGUGGGAACAUAUAGUUAUGGGAUCUGAAGGUUGCUUGGGAGUUGUUACUGAGGUCACAUUGAAGAUUCGUCCAUUACCGCCCGUAGUACGUUACGGGUCGCUGGUAUUCCCGGAUUGGGAAUCUGGAUUCUAUUUCGAGAGAGAGGUAGCCAAGCAACGCCUACAGCCUUCUAGUAUACGACUUAUGGACAAUGAACAGUUCCGUUUCGGUCACGCUCUAAAAAUGGAGCAAUCUUGGGGUGGUGUCUUACUAGAUGGUUUAAAGCGUUUCUACAUAACGAAGAUCAAAGGAUUCGACCCCCUCAAGUUGUGCGUGGUCACUCUCCUCAUGGAGGGGAAAGCCGAGCAGGUCGCUGAAAGUGAGAAAAAGUUGAAUAGCAUCGCCGCCCAGUACGGAGGAGUGCCCGGGGGUGCCAAGAACGGCGAAAUGGGAUACACGUUGACCUUCGUCAUUGCUUAUAUUAGGGACCUGGCGCUAGAUUACGGUGUGGUGGCCGAGUCGUUCGAAACGUCCGUCUCGUGGGAGCGCGCGCUGUCGCUGUGUCGCCGCACCAAGCGCGCCGUGCGCGAGCAGUGCGCGCGCCGCCACAUCACGCACUACCACAUCUCCUGCCGCCUCACGCAGACUUACGACGCGGGCUGCUGCAUAUACUUCUACUUCGGGUUCAAGACCGUGGGCUUCGAUGACCCAGUGCACGUGUACGAGCAGAUAGAGCAAGUGGCGCGGGAGGAAAUCAUAGCGUCAGGGGGUUCAAUAUCCCAUCACCACGGCGUCGGCAAGCUGAGAAAGAAAUGGUACACGAACACGGUCAGCGAGCCCGGCAGGCGAUUGCUUUUGGCCGCCAAGGAAGCCCUGGAUCCCGACAAUAUUUUCGCUUUAGGAAACAUGGCCUUCGACCAGUACAGUCCAGCGGUUAAGAGCAAAUUGUGAAUAAGAUUAAGGUUUUAAGUAAAUUCUAAAUUAUAAGCAAUAUCUUUGCAAGGGAUUGGUGGGUGGGGGCGGUCGGGCCUACAAUUGGAUUAUGAACACCGAAGAGAACUACCGAUUUAAUGUAAAACUACGUUCCUGGUUCAAAUCAUAUAUUCCAGAUAAGUUUACCUGAGAUCGACUGUUUAGUUAGAAAUAUUUUCAUUGAAGAAGACAACGAAUGAAUUAGUACAAUAAUAAUAGAUAAUUUAAACUAUGUGUCAAAGAGUAAUAUCAUUUUCCUCUAAACGACUGCAGACUCUGCUGUCAGUGAAACCUUUUAUGAAUAAAAUGAGGUUCAAUUUACUACAACUUCUAAAGGGACGUUAUCAAUAUUCUUCUGUUAAUUGGUUUUAGGUGCAUUUAUAUAAAUACAAUCUAUCUAAUGUUUAGUUUAGUUGCGGUUUAAAUUUGUUAUAUUUUGUGAUUACAGAUUUUUUAGACAUAAUAUAAAAGCUCUCUUUUUGGAAAAUCAUGAAAAAAUAUGCAUUCCAUUUCGUAUAGGAUGUAAAAUUCUAUGACAAACAACAUACUAUGUAACCACAAAAUCGUUAAUAUUAAAGUGAUAUUAGAGUUAUGCAAUGCUGAAAUAAAUCCAAAACAGAGAUAGCGAUACGAAAGAACAGAGAGCGAAGAUACUUAAAAUGGAAGGAUUUUAUAUGAAAAACAUACACUCAAAAAUUUGAAGACGUAAUCAAAUCAUUUUUUAUUUUUAUAUACCUCUCUGGAAAAAUUUACUGUAUGCACCUUUUGAAUAAUAUAUCAAAAAGUCAUUAAGAGGUUUGUUUUCCGUACGAGUAACAAUUACAUUCUUCAGUUUGAUACAUAUUUGCCACCAUUUUGAAGUAUUACAAUGACACGCUAUAUCUGUUUUCAGAUGUUUGUGUUUGUAGCUUGUUUACGUGUGUGUGCGAGUGUCUGGUUAAGUUGGUAGCUUAAUAUAAUGUAUAUGUUCAGUCCAUUAUCUGUAAACAACAAAAUGAUCAGAGAAUUGAGAAAAAAUGUUGACGCGUAAACCAUGCGAUUUAGACCUCUUGAAAUAUAAUAUUGUCAUAAUAUAUCCCCACUCCGAACACUUCACUCAGUGGCAGUGGAAAAUAAGUAUAAGUAGGUAUGAGAAAUUUCUUGAUAAUAGACAUAGCUAGUAUUUAAAAAAACGUGUAUGUGAACUAGUGUGUUAAACCUUCGGAAGCCUAAAAAGGAAGUGGGCUUAAUAUGUAAAGAUUGGCUAAACGUUUUUUAAAAAAUAAAAUUGUGAUA